AUGGCGUCCAAAGGCGCCGUCUUGCCUCUGUUGAGGCGCGAGAUGCGAUGCUCCUCUUCCCGACUCGCACGAGCUACCCCCACGCUCGCCGUCCCCGUUUGCUCUCCUGCCACUUCCUUCGCAACCUCCCGUCGACAAAUUGCUCGCCGCUCCGCACCUUUCCUUCCACCUACCCAGAUCCGCGCCUUUUCGCAAUCAGUAACACGCCGGUUUGACGACGAGGAUGGAAACUUUGACCCCCGGUCCAUCGAGCGAGAGUCCGAUGAGGUGGAUGUCUGCAUUGUCGGUGGUGGCCCCUCCGGUCUCGCCGCCGCCAUUCGGUUGAAGCAGCUCGCGAAUGAAGCUGGCAAUGAGGAUUUCCGGGUGAUUUUGUUGGAGAAGGCCGGCGAGCUCGGUGCUCAUAUCGUCUCCGGCAAUGUUCUCGAGCCGACCGCGUUGAACGAGCUUCUCCCCGACUGGCUGUCAGAGGAUAACCCCGACCGCUUCGAGGGCGCGACUCCCGCCAAGGGCGACAAGAUGCGCUACCUCACUAAGAACUCGUCAUUCCCCCUCCCCACCCCGCCGCAGAUGCACAACCACGGCAACUACAUCAUCAGUUUGAACGAGUUGACCAAGUGGUUGGGUGAACGUGCGGAAGAGCUCGGUGUGGAGGUUUACCCCGGAUUUGCCGCCAGUGAGGUCGUCUACAACAGUGAUGGCUCGGUCAAGGGUGUCGCGACGAAUGAUCUCGGAAUUGGCCGAGAUGGCCAGCCGAAGGAUACCUUUGAGCGCGGUAUGGAGUUCCAUGCCCGCGUCACUCUCCUUGCGGAGGGAUGCCACGGCAGCUUAACCAAGCAGGUGAUGAAGAAGUUCGAUCUGCGCCGGGACAGCCAGCCCCAAACGUACGGUCUGGGUAUUAAGGAGAUCUGGGAGAUCCAGCCCGAGAAGUUCAAGUCGGGUGAGAUUACUCACUCGAUGGGCUACCCUCUGCCCAAGGAUACCUAUGGUGGCGCUUGGAUGUACCACUUUGGUGACAACAUGGUCAGCAUCGGUCUGGUGGUUGGUUUGGACUACCCCAACCCGUGGCUUUCACCGUAUGGAGAGUUCCAGAAGCUGAAACAACACCCCGUGUUCCGGGAAGUGCUGGAGGGCGGCAAGUGUAUCUCCUACGGUGCUCGUGCGCUGAACGAGGGUGGCUUCCAGUCCAUCCCCAAGUGCGCUUUUCCCGGUGGUGCUCUGAUCGGUGAUACGGCUGGUUUCCUGAACGUCCCUAAGAUCAAGGGUACCCACACUGCUAUGAAGUCGGGCAUGCUGGCCGCCGAGGCUACCUAUUCUGCUCUGCAAAGUAAGAAUGAGGGCACGGUAUUCCUGUUCGACUAUGAGAAGUCUUUGCGGAAUUCGUCCAUCUGGAAGGAGCUGUACGAGGUGCGCAACAUCCGCCCCUCUUUCAACAGUUGGCUGGGCUUCUGGGGUGGUCUGCUCUACUCUGGAUUGGAAGCUAUGAUCUUCCGCGGCCGUGUGCCCUGGACUCUCAGCCACCACGGUACGGAUGCCGCGGCCACCAAGCCCGCCUCGCAGUACAACAAGAUCGAGUACCCCAAGCCCGAUGGUGAGGUCACUUUCGACAUUCUGACCAGCGUGAGCCGCACGGGUACCAAUCACGAGGAGGACCAGCCAGUCCACCUCCAGGUGAAGGACUGGGAAGCACACAAGGACCUCGCCUGGCCGGUGUAUAAGGGUGUGGAGAACCGGUUCUGCCCGGCCGGUGUGUACGAGUAUGUUGAGGAUCCCACCAAGCAGCACGGUGUCCGAUUCCAGAUCAACGCUCAAAACUGUAUUCACUGCAAGACCUGUGAUAUCAAGGUUCCUACCCAGGAUAUCAACUGGCAGACUCCCCAGGGUGGAGAGGGUCCUAAGUAUAUCAUGACUUGA